AUGUCUCGCGGUUCGUACAUUGUUAACGAAGGCUACUACAAUAGUCCUUCUAAGGACCGUUCGUUUAAGUCUUUCGUUUGCUCUAUGCUUGUGUUUUUGAUUGUGUGCGUGUUGAUAUAUUUGAUGAUGUUAUGCUUCCCUAGAAAAAAAGACUAUGCGCCCCCAGCAGUCGAAAAUAAUAGGAACGAUAGUCGUCAGAAGGAGCUGGAAGCCUUCAAAAAUGAAGGAACUUCUCAAAAUAUCGAGAAAACGACUUCCACAGAAUCGUUUCAAAGCAACGAGCCACUCGAGCAAAGUGAUCUGCUGCCAAGCGAGACAACACCGAAUAGUGAAACGGACAUUUUUAAGAAUUCAACUAAACACAAAGAAUCUGUUAAGCAUUACUUCGAAAUAAUCGCCAUCGAAGAUAGCGAACCUACAAAAUCAGUUCCAUAUAGUACCAAAACAGUGCAAGGUAGUUCAGAAGAUUACGCUUAUUCGUCAGAAACGACAAGUUAUGAGGAUACGAUGCAACUGGAAGAUCAAUUCGAAAAUGAAAUAACCGCCAUGCGAGAUUUCACAUUUCCAAGCGAUGUAAAAGUAGAUAAAGAUCCCACUACUGAGAGCACAACGGAAACGCCAUCAAGUACUCUGGCGGUAAAAAAGCUAAUUGACGAUAAUGCAUUUAAUUCAACUGUGCAACACGAAACAACAGAAACUAGUGAUCAACUUGAAUUAAUAAGCGAGGAGAACGAUACAGGCAUAUGGACAACAGCGCCUGGUUCCGAAUUCAGCACGCUUAUACUAUUCGAAGAAAGCAAAAACUUUGAGACAGUUAACCAAAUAAAUGAACAAACAAUAACUGACGACUCUGAAGAGCGAAGCACGUUAGCAUCGCUAUAUUUCACUGCUAAAGCGAGCGUGUAUACCGUAAAGGAAACCUCGAGCACGCUAUCGACAGCGGUCAUUGAUGCAGUGCCAACAACGAUCCACAGUUUUUUUGAAAACGGUGCUGUUAAAAUAGAUACUACCGAAGCUGUCACCGAGAAAGCAAUAGACUCGACUACCAGGAAAGUCUAUCAAAAUUUUAUCACCGAUAGUAGGGGUGAGAUCAAUUCUAGCACACACUCCACCAUUGAUCAUUCCAUAUUCCAUAUGAACAACGAAUCUGAAAUUCAGAAAACAACUCCGUCCACUAAAUUUAGAAUCGACCCAGUCGCUGCACUACAAUGUAGAGGAACGGAAAACUCGAAAGAAGAAUGUGCUACUCCGUUCUGCAAACUGAAGGCGUCGACCAUGUUAAAUCUCAUAGACCACAAGGUCGAUCCCUGUGAAAAUUUCUACGAUUUCGCUUGCGGGGGAUUAAAAACGGAAAACCGGAUCGACAACGAAAAAACUGAUACGCUUUUGGGCCUCUUGUACAGCAAACCGAAAUUUGAGGAGAAAUUUUUACAGCACUUCAAGGGGUUUUUUGAUAAUUGCGUCAGUUUUUCCAGAGAUUACAGAUACGUCGAUAGGAUGUGGUCCAUGAUAAAUACAAUCGCGUCAUCGCCGUGGGACCAAUGGGAUGUUACCAAUUUGUUCUCGUUUCUCUUUCAAAGGAAAGCCAUGCCAUUCUUUAAUAUUGAUAUCGGUGUCGCGGAAGGGGACACAUUUGUCGUGCAGUUGAAUUUGCCCGGCGAAAGUUCCUUAAACCUCGGACCGAAAGAAUGGCCUCUGCAGAGUCAGUUGGAGAGAAAAUGUCUCCGAAACUUUACUUCCGCGAGGCACGCCUCUAGUGUGAAUUUGAAUAGCUUGUACGAUGAAAUGAAAGCCUGUGAAAAUAUUGAGUUCCUAAGAAGUGCCAAGAAUUUUUUGGACGAUACUUUAAGCCUCCUUAAAAGUCCAUAUAAAAUUAGUCCGCUGGCGUCCAGCUCAAUACCCGUCGAUAAAAAAACCAAUUUGGAAACUUUCGUCGAAUUUCUGGAACGUAUUGACGUCACAAAUGUUUUCGGAGUUCUUAUAAAAUCACAAAGGGUUUUAUCGAUCGAUGCCCUACAAAUUCGAAAGUCCGCGGUUUAUCAAAACUACGUCAAAGUGUCUGUCGAGGAACUGACCCUGAAGUACCCCUAUUUGAACUGGAAAAGGCUUUUUGAAAAUGUUUUGGGCAGCAGCGUUCCACCGAAGAGCGUCGAGAUGGCUUUCGUAGAAUAUUUCGAUGCGUUGUUUGAUAUUUUCGAUACGAGCCACAACAACGAAAUUAUUCAAACCGUUUCCCUAUACUAUUUCUUACAUAUAUACGAGCUGGUCGUCAUGCCCACAAUAGAAGAAACCACAGAAGACCUUUGCCUGAGACAGGCGACAGAUUUAAUGCCGGAAGUGGUGGCCGCCAUACACUCGCAGAAAUUUGACAAAAAGGAAGGCGCGCGGGACUACGUGUCAUAUAGCUUUUCGUUGUACCACGAAUUGAAAGCUCAGCUUCGUUUGGUUAUAGAGAAUAGCUCGUUGGAGAAGUCCGCCAAAAAGAGUUUCCAAGAGAAACUAUCCGAUAUUAAACUGAUAAUGGGUUCGCAUUGGGUUUCGGAGGUGACGGUUCACGACUUCCACGAGACCAUCGAAAUCGGAGACAAUUAUUUGGAAAAUUAUCUCGGGCUCGUUGAAAACGGCCGGAAAAACUUGUUUCUGUUUUCGCAAAAUUCUUCCAUCAGUUUGUUACAACAUUUUAUUGACCCGUUCGAUCUGAAACCAAUAACCUUUUAUCAAAAUAAGAUUAUAGUGAUUCCUUCAAGAUUGCUCGAAGAUUUACCGAACAAAGACUACCCGCUUUAUUUAUUGAACGGACACGUGGGAUUUCAUUUGUCCAAGGAACUGGCCAAACAUUUUACCGAUGUAGGCAGGAGGUUUGGUCAGAACGAGGACGACAUCAAAACCACGGAUGGAUUUUACAAGAGUUUUGUUUCGGGUUUGAAGACCAUGUUGGUAAUGGACAAAGGACGAGAUUUGUUGAAACAGAAACUUGAAUAUAACAUAAACGAAGCCGUAUCGGAGAUUUCCGUAAACGACCGAAUGUCGGACAACAUGGCGUUGCAGUUGACGUACGAUUUGGUAUUUAAUUCCCAGUCGGAGGAACAAACUUCUUUUUGGAAUUUGCCUUGGAUUUCCGAAUCGUAUUGCAGCGAUCAAGCGUUCUUUAUUUCAUUGGCGCAGGAAUAUUGCGGGAGGACGUCUCUGGCCGAAUCUGCUGUGCAACUUUUCGAAAGUCAAUCUCUGCCGAACCCUUUCAAAGUGGACAUAAUGAUGACGAAUUUCGAGGAAUUUUCAAAAGCAUUCAAGUGCUCGGCCGGCCUCAGAAUGAAUCCGGAAAUUGACAGGAUUCAAAUGGAUACACUCACCUCCAGCGACUAUGACUACAACAAUAAUUAUGAGUUAUUGGAAAUGGCGAAUUAACUCGUUUUCGUGCCGAAUAAAAU